AAUGGGACGUUCCCUCCAACUGGGUGAGCGUCUUGAAAAAUUUUAUUCAAUUUUCAUUCCCGCUUUCAACCUCCCUCUCUCUCUCUCUCUCUGUGUCGUUUUUUUUUCUUCUUUAUCUCUCUCGCUGCGUUCCAUCUCCUUCCUUCACUUUUCAUGGUAGGGUUUUACAUUUUCGUUUCCUUUCUCAGUAUCUCUCUCUACUCAUUACAAAACCAACCAUCUACUAUCCAUUUCCUUCCAUAAACCAACACUUGUUUUGGUCACAUGAAAAUCCAACGCUUCCGCGAUUACGAUGUUUAGUAUGCCUAACAGACUUCACGCUUCCAAAUCAGGUGAAAAUAUUGUUCUGAUUGUGGAUUGUGUUUAGGUAGAAAGAAUUACACAAUUUGCCCUUUCUUCGUUUUAUUGUUUGUGUGAGAUUGAGAAAAUUAGGGUGGUUGGAUUUGAUCUCGAUUCUUCGAUGGAGUGCAACAAGGACGAGGCUGUGAGGGCUAGGCAAAUUGCGGAAGCUAGAAUGCAAAGAGGCGAAUUCGUGGAGGCGAUCAGGUUUGCUGCCAAGGCCAAGAAACUGUAUUCUGAGGUUGAAAACAUUACCCAGAUUCUUACCAUUUGUGAGGUUCAUAUUGCUGCACAGAAGAAAGUCUCUGCCUCUGACAUGGACUGGUAUGCAAUUCUUCAGAUUGAAAGGUUGGCUGAUGAAGCAACCAUAAAGAAACAAUACAGGAGGCUUGCACUGCUACUUCAUCCUGAUAAGAAUAAGUUUGCUGGUGCAGAAGCCGCUUUCAAGUUGAUUGGUCAAGCCAAUGGGGUGUUGAGUGACCAAGCAAAACGUUCUUUCUAUGACAGGAAUUUCGAAGCCUCUGUAAGAGGUGCUACGCCUAAGUCUUCAUGUCGUUACUCAAAUGGGAAUGUGUCUGCUGCAAAACAUGAUGCAAAUGCAACAAAUUGUCAGAAGACAUUUGAUUCACAGCGUUACUCAAAUGUGAAUGUGUUUGCUGCUAAUCAUGAUGCAAAUGCAGCAAAUUAUCAGAAGAAUUCUAAUUUGAACUCCACCAGUUUCAGCAACCAAGUUGGACAAAAGACAUUUUGGACAUCUUGCCAACAUUGCAAUACCAAGUACCAGUACUGCGUACUUGUUGUAAAUGCAACCUUACGCUGUCAACAGUGUUUGAAGAUAUUUAAAGCUCAUGUUAUUCAAUUUUCAUACCAGGGUGUUUCCCCGGCAUUUUUUACUUCGGUAAAUAACCCGAAAGAGGCUACAAUGCAUGGUCCCCCAAAAUCCGCCUCAGAAAGUACUGGUGGAAAUUCUGUAUCUAUGAAAAAAUGUGCUGCUGGAACUGGUGAUCAUUGUGAAGAUCGAAAGAGUAAAGAUGGCUAUGUUCCUCCAUCCAGAGGCACGGAGUCGCAAACCUCUAAAAAUGUUGGGAGAAAAAGAGUAAGACAGUCAGCACCAGAUUCAAAAGACAGCUUCAAUGGUAGAAAUGGUGCUGAGAUGAAAAAUGCCAAUGUUGGAGGAAAUGACGUUGAUUCUUCAAGACUCAAUGCAAGGAGAUCUUCCAGGAAAAAGCAGAAUGUUUCUUAUGUGGAAACUUCUGAAGAUGAUGAUAUUUCUUAUGUGGAGAAUUCUGAAGAUGAUGAUAUCUCUUAUGUGGAAACUUCUGAAGAUGGUGAUUCUGAAAUUCUUUCCAAAAAGCCACGACAAAAUGGACCACUUAACACCGAUGAAGAUGAGAAAGAGAACAUGCCUGAAAGUGGUGGAUCGUCUAAUAACAAUAAUCCAGGUACUUCAGCUGCUGGUGUGACUGAUCAGAUGAGUGAGAACGUACCCGAGUCAGAUAUUGGUCUUGGAACGUCAGAAGAGGAUAAUUGCUCUCCAUUGAAUUCAAAUGCUCCUUCUGCUCCAAAGGUUGUUGUUUGUCCUGAUACAGAUUUCAAUGAUUUUGAGAAGGGCAAGGAGGAGGAUUGUUUUGCUGUUAAUCAGUUGUGGGCAAUUUAUGAUGACUUUGAUGGUAUGCCAAGAUUUUAUGCUCUUGUCAAGAAAGCGGCCUUCCCUUUCAAGUUGCGGAUUACUUGGUUGGAACCUGAUCCAGAUGACCAAGGUGAGACUGAUUGGCAUGAUGCAAAGUUGCCUAUUGCUUGCGGUAAGUUCAGACUUGGUAGGUCUCAGAAUACUACGGAUCGUUUUGUGUUCUCUCAUCAGAUACGGUGCAUAAAAGGCCGGGGCAAAGGUUCUUAUCUGGUGUGUCCUAAUAAAGGAGAAAUUUGGGCAAUUUUUAGAAAUUGGGAUAUCAAAUGGAGUUCUAACCCAAAGGAACAUUCUGAGUAUGACUUAGAAUAUGUGGAAAUCCUGUCAGAUUUUGUUGAAAAUGUUGGCAUCGCUGUUGCUUAUCUAGGCAAAGUGAAAGGAUUUGUUAGCCUCUUUCAGAAAAUUGCGAAGAAUGGAGUGAACAUGUUUUAUGUUCUACCUAAUGAGCUAUAUAGGUUCUCACAUCGAAUUCCUUCGUAUAAGAUGACUGGUAAUGAAAGGGAGGGUGUUCCGAUAGGAUCUUUUGAACUUGAUCCUGCUGCCCUGCCUUUUCAGUUUAAUCUCUUUGAAGUUGGUGAUUCUGGCAUGGUGAAUGGAGGCUAAAGAGAGGAUUGACGAGGAAAUGUGGUGCACAGGGGUAAUGAUGCCGGAAAAGUUUCCUCAUUUCUAGGAAGAUCGUCAAAGGGACAACACCAAAAUGAAGAAAUUGGACGGCUGGUUUCUUCAUUUUGUGUUUUAAUUUGACCGAGUAAAGUUUUCCCCUGUAUAUUUUUUUUUGUUCCAACAAACCUUUUUCUGAUUUUAUGUCUAGGCAUGGCUGUUUCUUGAUUUGCCUUAUUAGCAUGGGUGACUACCUCAGUACCCAAGUUCAUAUUCGUCCCCUUGGAUAUAUUUUUGCUCAAGGAAUCCAAUCAACCUUUAGAUAUUA